AAUUAAGCACCAUGGAGAUUACGGUGGAAAAUGAGGAAUCUCGGAAUCACGGUGACCAAAAGCUCCCUCUCCUGCAAGACAUACCCCUACCUGAAGCAGAAGAGAAAACCCUCAUACAGAGAGCCAUUAGCCAAACAUUUCAGAGCACGGCUCAUUUAGCCAAUCUUUUACCUACUGGAUCGGUUCUUGCAUUCCAACUUUUGUCACCUAUUUUCACAAACCAAGGCGAGUGUGACUGGGUCAGCCGGUCCUUGACUGCUGGGCUGAUAGCUCUCUGUGGGCUGUCAUGUUUUCUAUUGUGCUUCACCGACAGCUUCAAGGACAAGAAUGGGAAUGUUUGUUAUGGGUUUGCCACAUUCCGGGGGUUGUGGCUCAUUGAUUGCUCAGCAAAUCUACCACCAGAAAAUGAUGCCAAGUACCGGCUGCAAGUUAUGGAUUUUAUACAUGCCUUCGUGUCAAUACUGGUUUUCGGAGCUGUUGCACUCUUUGAUCAAGAUGUGGUGAACUGCUUCUACCCUAUGCCAUCAGACGAGACCAAAGAGCUCCUCACAGCAAUGCCAGUCGGGAUAGGGGUCAUUUGCAGUAUGUUGUUUGUUGUGUUCCCUACCAAACGCCACGGAAUUGGUUUUCCCCUCACUGCUAAUUAGAAUUUUGUGUGUGUAUAGUUCCAUUCAUCUUGUCAUUGUAAGACUUUUCUCAAGUGUCUGAAUUAUUCUUCCUCCUAAGUUGAGAAAUAAGACAUUACCCUGCAACCAAACCACUAUAUUAGUCAGAUGUAGCCAGUCCAUGCCCUGAAAGCAUCACUGUGGAGAAUGACAACAUUGAUAUGAUGGUGCAAGGUGAUAAGCUGGUGUAGUUGUACGAAAGAAUGUGCACUUUUUACAACAGUAACUAAAAUUCAGAAUCUUUGCAAAUUACAAAAAGAAUGUAAACUUUUUUACACCAGGAACUAAUAUUCAGGAUCUUUGC